AUGGCUGACUUCUCGCAAUAUACUGCCCCCAUUGCAGACUGGGUGGCUCUUGAGCCUACCUUACCAGCUUUCCCGAAUGUCGGUCUCGAGGAUUUAAAACAUAUCGUCAAUAAGGGUCGGGAGGAUAUGGCCGCUCAGGGCGUCGCUGAUCGAGGCCUAGCUGAAAAGGUGCAUACCAAGGACUUCAAAAUUCCCGCUCGCGACGGAUAUGUCCUCGAAGCGCGUUCUUACCGUCCAGCGAACGUCUCCCCCUCCCAUGCCCUUCCUGUCUACAUCCAUCUUCACGGUGGUGGAUAUCUCUUCGGAACCCUCGGUUCUGAAGACGCAAUCUGCUCUCGCAUUGUCGCCGACCAACUCGAGAAGAGUUUCCCCGUCGUCGUCUUCAAUAUCAACUACAGACACACCCCCGAGUAUAAAUAUCCGACUGCGUGGAACGAUGUUGAGGAUGCCUUCGUCUGGUUCCACGAGAACAUAUCCGAGGUCGGCGGACGCGGGGAGAGGUCGUGGUCGGGGUAUCGUGGCGACAAUGAAAAUUUGGCUGCUUGUCCACGAAUCCGAGGACAGGUCCUGAUGAUCCCUUGCCUUGUCCAGCUAGAUUAUUAUGCCCCGAGACAGGACAAAUUGCGCAGUCCAGAACUGUCGAGUCUAGUAGGCUGCGCCAAUGCGCCAAUCCUACCAAUUGACAGAAUCAAGCUCUUUGGGUCCCUGCUGGAUGUCAAUAAAGACUCAAACACCGGCGAUGACCGCAGGCUUAAUCCUGGAAAUGCCACCGCGGAAGAAGUGAAAGAGCUUCCUCCGACGACUUUCGGUAUUGCAGGAAAUGAUCCUCUUCGCGACGAGGGCCUUUUCUACGCGCAGCUUCUCAAUGAGAAUGGGGUGCCUACUGAUGUUCACGUCUUCCCUGGCGUUCCUCAUGGAUUCCGCCGCUACGGCGACAAGCUGGCUGCUUCGAGUAAGAGAUGGGAUGAGGUUAUGACAAACGGUAUUUCUUGGGCGUUGUCUAGCCCCGAGUGUGGCUCUUUCGAGAUCAAGUCGGAAUGA